AUGGCCGCCGCCUCAUUUGCGUUCUCCGCUCCAAUCAACGGCCGGAAUUACACCGCCGCGGCCUCGCCGUGCUCCUCCGACCUCAACCCCUCCGUCCGGAUCUCCGCCGUCCGCGCUGCGCCAGCGUCAUUCUACGAGGUUCUGGGAAUCCGCGCGGGAGCCACGUGUCAGGAGAUCAAGUCCGCCUACCGGAGGCUGGCGCGCGUCCUGCACCCCGACGCAGCGGCCGGCGGGGGCGGCGCGUCGCCGUCGGCGGACGAGUUCAUGCGCGUGCACGCGGCGUACGCGACGCUCUCCGACCCGGAGAGGCGCGAGGCGUACGACCGGUCGCUCCUCCGGCGGCCGCGCGCGGCGGCGGUCUCGACGGCCGGCGGGUUUUACGAUUUUGGCAGGCGGAGGCGGACUUGGGAGACGGACCAGUGCUGGUAG